AUGGCAGCAUUAUCAGCGAAGACCAUACAAAAUGCAUUCUUGGCACAACACCCACGGACUAGGCAUGGUACAAGAUAUCCCAGUGACUUUUGUUCGCUCAAUACCCGCAGCUCGCAUUCCUUCCAGGAAUGUAGAUUGACAGUGGCUGAUUCUUCAGCCAAAUGGUUAAAUACCACAUCGACACUAUGGACUAGCUUCAACAAACAAGCAGGCAUUAGCUGCAAUGCUGCUCAAGGUGGCACCGUUGCCCCUUCGUCUGAGAAAGUUGAGUUUCUGAAGCUUCAAAAUGGCAGUGAUAUUCGGGGUGUUGCUGUUGCUGGGGUUGAAGGUGAGCCUGUCAACCUCACGGAACCGGUCACUGAAGCUAUAGCUGCAGCUUUUGCUGCAUGGCUGUUAAACAAGAAGAAAGCAGAUGGUUUGAGACGUUUAAGAAUCUCUGUUGGACAUGAUUCACGAAUUUCUGCACAUAAAUUGCAGAAUGCAGUUACUCAUGGAAUCACUUCUGCUGGACAUGAUAUCCUACAGUUUGGAUUGGCUUCAACACCUGCAAUGUUCAACAGUACACUUACAGAAGAUGAGAGAAGUCAUUUACCUGUUGAUGGAGCCAUAAUGAUAACAGCAAGCCAUCUUCCCUACAAUCGGAAUGGUCUCAAGUUUUUUACAAGUGAUGGUGGGCUAAAUAAAACUGAUAUCAAAGAUAUCCUGGAGCGUGCUUCCAAAAUAUAUGAGGAAUCUGCACAUGGUAACCUGAAAGAACAAGGGGAAGCUUCAAGGGGAGUUGUGGCUAAUGUUGACUACAUGUCAAUUUAUGCUUCUGAUCUUGUACAAGCAGUUCGUAAAUCUGCUGGAGACAAAGAAAAACCAUUGGAGGGACUGCAUAUAAUCGUUGAUGCAGGGAAUGGUGCUGGUGGUUUUUUUGUGGAUAAGGUACUCAAACCAUUAGGAGCUGUUACUACUGGAAGUCAAUUCCUUGAGCCUGAUGGUUUGUUUCCCAAUCACAUUCCCAACCCUGAGGACAAAACUGCAAUGAUGUCUAUUACACAAGCAGUUCUUGAUAACAAGGCAGACUUAGGCAUCAUAUUUGAUACUGAUGUCGACAGGUCUGCUGCUGUUGAUUCGAGUGGUCGUGAAUUGAAUCGUAACCGAUUGAUUGCUUUGAUGGCUGCCAUAGUUCUUGAGGAACAUCCAGGAACUACAGUUGUGACAGAUAGUGUGACUUCAGAUGGAUUGACUGUAUUCAUUGAAAAUAAACUUGGAGGGAAGCAUCACCGUUUCAAACGAGGUUACAAGAAUGUAAUAGAUGAGGCUAUUCGUCUGAAUUCUAUUGGUGAGGAGUCACAUUUGGCCAUGGAAACAAGUGGUCAUGGAGCACUGAAAGAGAACCACUGGCUUGAUGAUGGAGCAUACCUUAUGGUCAAACUUCUGAAUAAACUUGCUGCUGCUAGAACAUUGGGUUCAAGUAUUGGUAGUAAAGUUUUGACUGAUUUGGUCGAGGGUCUUGAGGAAGCUGCUGUGACAGCUGAGAUAAGAUUGAAGAUUGAUCAGAAUCAUGCAGAUUUGAAAGGAGGGUCCUUCCGUGACUAUGGAGAAUCAGUCUUGAAACAUUUAGAGAAUGCAAUCAGCAGAGAUCCAAAUCUCCAUAAAGCCCCUAAGAACUAUGAGGGCGUAAGGGUUUCAGGAUAUGGUGGGUGGUUCCUGCUGAGGCUCUCUCUCCAUGACCCUGUUCUUCCCCUAAACAUUGAGGCACCAAGUAACGAUGAUGCGAUUAAACUGGGGCUUGCGGUUCUUGCUGCUGUGAAUGAUUUUUCAGCACUGGAUGUGACGGCACUGAACAAAUUCGUGCAGCAGUGA